AUGCCUGUCGAAUUAGAAGCGUCUUUAGAUGAACAAUCGAUAGAAUAUCCGGCUCUCUUUGUGGAAUAUCUUUUAUCAAAUGAUAAUGAAUCUUCGCAAAUUGCAUCACUAAAUGCAAAUGGAUGGUGUUGGCUGGUUGCGGAAAAUAGACUCUAUUUGUGGAAUCACAAGAAAAAUGAUGCUACUUACACGCUAAAUUUGAUCCCGAAUGCUCGACCGUACAACGCUCAAGAUAUCGUGGUUUAUGAGAGAGCAAAGCAACUUUUACCGGGAGUGAUGGCCGUAACAACGAGUCAUCUUUCUGGAACUGUACGACACUGGCCUUCAAUCAAAUCGACUUAUACCGACACCCAACUGAACCUAAACCACGAAACUUUGCUCUCACUUUCACUUCUUCAGCAAGAAAAGACUUUUUCGCCGACAGUUCUACUCACAACAACGGUCGGAUCAGUUUAUGAACUUACUGAAGAUGAAGUUAAAUUGGGAAAAGUGAACUCGAGAUUGUUAGCUUCAUACACUCAUUCGAAUGGACUAGGUUCAAGACUUUCGACGAUGAUUUUUGGAAACUACGAUAUUAAAAGUAAACGAGCCUUACGCAGUCUAUCAUUUCCAGCCAGAAAUCAGGAAGCUGGGCGCGAUAUUAUUGUUCUGGGUCCAGCCCAUAUUACAAUUUUCGAAGAAAAAUCUACUCAACCGGCAUUUUCGAUCUCAGCUGAUAAUCUACUCGAGACACUCUACAUCGACUAUUUUAAGAAAAGAACGCAAAUCCCGGUAAACUCGGGAAAUUACUUCUUAUUGGAUAUGGUUGCAUUUCGCGGUGGUCUCAUGUUACUGACUUGUGCGACCUUUGACCAUAAUAAUUAUCCCAUUUUUGCUCUUGGUUAUUUUCCAACAAUCGAUUCUCUUCAAAUGCGUCCAUGCUGGUUUUCAAUUUUGCCAAUUGCAAAUCCGACAAUUUUUCAGUCAAAUGAGGAAUCUUCAUUUAUCAGUCAGCUAUCGCUUUUAAUUCCGGGUGAAGUGAAUGCUUUGGAAACGACUUUCUGGGAUGGAAUUAUUGUUUUACAUUCUACUUUUGCGCAAGCUAUUCAUCCACCAGCUUCCUUAAAUUUUUAUGAGAUUCCUGUAAACAAGUCCUUGUUUUUUGGAAAAGACGAUCAGCUUAUCGGACAUGCUACCAAUGGCCAAUUUGCAUACGCUUUCUUUUCGAACCUAGGACUGUGCACAAUACGAUUACUACCAAAAGGAUUUCCGACGCUUUUCCCCAAAAACGAUAAAAUUUUCGGUGAUGUGACGGGGUUGAUCAAAAGACUACUGCAUGGAAAUAAAAAAUUCAAAUAUCAUAAUGCGGAAUUGACACUCUUCUUGGAGUCCUUUGUUGAUUUUUCAUCGAAAAAAAUUAAAAAUGCGGAACGAUCGCUCUCUUUACUUACUAAUUCCCAAUUAAACGACUCAAUUCAUCGAUUUUUAGAGGAGAUAUUAGAUGAUGAAAGAGGGUUAAUCACGGGCAGCUUUUCUCGGACGGAUCACCAAUUGCGCUUCAAAAAAUUGCUUGCAUCUCAGCUUAUGUUUUUUGUGAAAAGUCUUGACUUGACGGAAACGCUGAAAAGAACUCAUUCAUCAACAAUGAUCGGCUCAAUGUUUUCAAAAAUGCAAUCGGGAUAUUCAAUCAUUUGCGAAGCUACUGAAAGAACUGUCGGUGCUGUGGCGAUUUGGGAAUGGGCACAAGCGAAUGAGGAUCAUUUAGAAUUAAUCAGUUACACUGCCGAGCAUUAUGCACAAUUGCAGCGACUCAAACAAAAGACGCCGUUUGAUGUGUUCUUCAGAAAAUUGACAUCCAUCCAGCAACUACCGUUGGCUCUAGUUGAAUUCGUAGAAGAAAAAGCACAAGAAGGAUCAUUUGUCCAGAAUUCAAAAGAAUACUUUACCGUAUUGUUGAUGCGUAUAUGCGAUUGUCUCUCGACUUUGUGUAAUGCCAUCGACAAUGAAAGAAGGACACAAAGCCCAACCAAUGAAUCAAAAGAUAUCGAGCGUUGGACCGGUGAUCGAUUAGCUCCGAUUCUACAAAAAAUAUCUCUUAUAGUGUUGAAAGCAAUUGAUUCACCCAUCGACAUCACGUCAUUGGAAAGAAAAUCGGCUAUUGGAAAAGUGCGAUGUCUCCUGGUCUUUGCCUUUUCCGAAUCUUCAAAACCUUUGGAAGGCAACGAGGCAAUUCUAAUUUUGUACAACAUUGGGCAAUUCACACUAGCAAGGGAUUUAGCUGAACGAUUCAAAGACUUCAAACUUUUGAUAAAAAUUGCACAUGUAUGUGAGAAAGAGGAGGAAAAGAAAGGACUUCUGGAAGAAUGGAAGCAAAAAUUCAAAAAGGAAAAUUUUGAUGCUUAUUUGUACAAAUAUUAUCGAUCUCAUGGAAUGGACGAAGAAUUGUUGAAAGAGGAUGGAAAAGUCGCCGAUAAUUUUAUUGAAACUUGUGAGGAUUUGCGAUGGAGAAGACAUAUUCUCAACGACGAAUUCGAGGAGGCGGCAAAGAACUUACUCGUUUUGGGUGAACGCGCCACCGUAUAUACGACAAAAGAAAAUGCGUAUAUUUUUGCGAAGUUGAGUGCACUUUGUGCAGAUGAUGGAAAAGAUCUCGUCGCAAAGGCAGAUCAGCAGCUACGAAAAUUUCAACAU